UCACCCAGUACCGACAAUAACUUGCGUAUUAGUUGCCAUUUAAGCCGUCAUGUUUGUAGGGGUGCGAGUUGUACGAGGCCCGGACUGGAAAUGGGGCGACCAGGACGGGGGGAGAGGCUCUGUAGGCACCGUGGUCCCUGCAGAGUCUGCGGAGAGUGCCAAGGGUGUCUGGGUGCGAUGGGACGCGGGCAGGAAAGCAAACUACCGCGCUGGUGGAGAAAAAGGCACGUACGAUCUGCGGAUUUACGAUAACGCCCAACAAGGAGUGAAGCAUCCGAAUGUCAACUGCGACUGCUGUCCAGAGGAAGGCAUCCUCGGCUUACGCUGGAAGUGUCUAGAGUGUCAUGACUUUGACUUGUGUCACAGCUGCUAUAAUGAGGGAAAGCAUGACCUGGGUCAUCGCUUCACUAGGAUCGAAACCAACUCAGUUCCAGGGUGA